GUCGACGAGGAAGCGCUCGGAUCAAGGGACGUGGCUCGCGGCCAUUCCCAGUAUACUUACACCACAACUACCACCACCGGUAAACCUUAUCAUCGUUCGCGUUCUCGUCGACUACAUCCAGACCAUCAGCAACCUCGUCAACCGCCCCAUGACUGUCGCCUGCAUCGGCAUUAUCCCCAACGCAGUAACAUCCAGCAACAACAGCCGCAACAACAUCUGCAGCAGCAGCAUCAUCAUCAUCAUCAUCAGCAGCAACAGCAGCAGCCGCCGCCACCACCUCCGGCUCCACCGACACAAUAUCAAACGUUACCCUCGAACCAUAGACACAAACACCAUCCACGUUAUUAUCUUUAUCAACCGCAUCAGCCGAGAUCCGCGUCGUUCUCGUCGUUACACAACGUGGUCGAAGGUAGCAGUAGAUGUUCGUCGUUACCGAGGGGUUCGCGGUAUUCGUUGAAAAGCCCUGCGAGAUCCUCGCCUUCGCCCUCGCCCUCGCCCUCGCCCUCGCCCACACCCUCCCCGUCGCCCACUACGUCUCGCAGAGUGACACCGUCACCGCCCGCGGCGACUGUUCGAACAAUCCCGCCCCAAGAUAUCCGCCGUUUCCAACGACAUCCGCUUCCCCGUACCGAGCGGUGCUGUUGGGGUCUUCUACCGCGACGUUGGUUCACCUGUCGAGCGAAAGGUACUGCAGGGAUUGACUUUGUCUCGCGUAUCGCUUUCCCUCUCAUGUUCAUCCUGUUUAAUCUGGGCUACUGGUCCACCUAUCUGUUCCAAGGUGACGAAGGCGAUUACAUGCAUAAGUAAAUUCGAAUUCUGACAUCUGUUUCACGCCUGUCAUCAACGGAUCGGACGAACGAGAGGAAAAGGUGAAUGUGCGAGCGACGUCAAGACCACGUCGUAUGCCGUGCUUCAAAGUCUGUCUGUAACUGCUGCCUCCAAGAAUCCUGUUCCCUGUAUCGCGACGAAUUUUCCUACGAUAUGCGUCAUCCAAUGUGUCAAUGUUCUUAUCGAGAGCGAGAGGGUGUGAAAGAGCGUGUAACGUUACAUCAGACGUUCUAGUAAUAUCAUCUUCGAUACACUAAAAGACGAUGCAGGGGACAAAGAUUCGCUCGAUGCUCGUUUCGACGAGAAAAGGAUAACCGUAGAGAGAGAGAGCGAAAAUAUCGGGAGGCAGAGCGUAUUCCGACAGAAGACUUUUUAAUAAUCCGUGCCUGAAGUUCGAUGACCAUAUUUUAAAGACCAAGGUAAGCGCAACGAAAUACGCAACGUUUGGUACGGUAGGGAGUAGUCGACGAGAUAUUAUAUUAUAUAUAAAUGAUAAUAUAUACAUAUAUAAUUAUAUAUAUUAUAUGUUAUAUAAUAUGUAAUAUGUAUGUGUAUUAUAUAUGUAUAUAUUACAUAACGAGACGCGAAAACGGGAAACGAACGUGGUGUAAGAAUUAUAAGCUCUUAUGAGACCGUAUACAUAUUAAUUAUACACAUAUAAACACUCCUCUGUAACAUAUUCGGAAGACCGCGUGCCACAGGAUGAUUAAUCAACGUAGUGGGCCCUGUAUAGCCACGGCCUGUUAACGAACUACUUGCGAAUAAAUUUAUAAAUAAUAUAACGUAAUUAUAAUUGACAAGUAAAAAAGAAAAAAAGUCGUUAAAUGCAACAAUGAUUCCUGUGUAUAAAAAGAAAAUCCUCAGUCUAAACGGAAUUAACGAGUCAAUGUUAAGCAUAUUAUUUAAAUAACCCGAUGAUUAACAUUGAUUCGAAUGCGAACCAAAAGAGAAGACAAAGACGUGAAAGAGAAAACGAUUAAAAAGAUAGAAGAAAAAAAAAAGCGAAAAAAAAAGAGUAAAAGAGAAAAGUAACGUUCUCGAGAGGACAAUUAGCUGAUAUUACGAGAAAAAUAUCGCAUUAUCACGAAGGAUUAUACCAUUUAGAUAUUAAUUAUCGAUCGAGGCGGUAGUAUUACACACGGACACGCGACAGACGACUCUCUCUUUCUCUUUCUCUCUCUCUCUCUCUCUCUCUCUCUCCCUUCCUCUCUUCUUCUUCUCUCUCUUUUUCACACGCACACACGCAUACACGUCACGCACACAGACA